AUGGCUCCGAGAGGCGGCCACGCGGCUGCGGCGGCCAGCUCCGGCUCCGAGGACGAGGAGGUGGAGGAGGCGGGCUUCUCCAGGAGUUAUUUCCUCGCCAAGGAGAAGGAGCCCUCCUCCGCCAAGAAGCGCGCCCGCGCCGCCGCCGCCGGCAAGCUCGCCGACCUCAAUCUCGUCGACGAGCAGGUGCUGCGAGAGUCCCUCGCCGAGAUAACCCCAAAGCACGAGAAGGAGAUUGACGCCCUCAUCAGCAGCUACAAGGACCAGUACCGCAACUGGCUUUUCGAGCUAAGGUGCGGUUUUGGCCUCUUGAUGUAUGGCUUUGGGUCGAAGAAGCUCUUGCUCGAGGAUUUCGCCUCCACGACAUUGACUGAUUUCACUGUCAUUGUGGUCAAUGGCUAUCUCCCCUCCAUCAACUUGAAGCAAGUAAUAGCAGCAAUAGCUGAAAUAUUUUGGGAGCAAACAAAGCUUAAGCAGAAAAAACAGUCAGGAAAAAAGUCCCAGUUAUCACAAAACUUUGCGUCCCAAUCAAUAGAUGAUAUUAUCUCGUUUUUAAACAACCAAACAUCAGAAGAUGGUCCUGAUGGCGUGUGCCUUCUUAUUCACAAUAUUGAUGGACCUGCGUUGCGUGAUGCUGAUUCACAGCAGUGUCUAGCACAAGUUUCUUGCUGUCCACGAAUCUGCAUUGUUGCCUCGGUAGAUCAUGUGAAUGCACCUUUAUUGUGGGACAAGAAGAUGGUACACACGCAGUUCAAGUGGAGUUGGUACCAUGUCCCUACAUUUGCACCUUACAAUGUUGAAUGUGUGUUCUACCCAUUGAUACUUGCUAGUGGUGGUCAUGCACAAACCACAAAAACUGCCCUUGUUGUUCUUCAGAGUCUGACACCGAAUGCACAAAGUGUCUUUAGAGUUCUUGCUGAAUAUCAGCUGGCGAAUGAAAAAGAGGAAGGUAUGCCUGUCAGCAGCCUGUAUACGAAAUGUCGUGAGCGCUUCCUGGUGAGCAGCCAAGUGACAUUGAACUCCCACCUGACAGAGUUUAAAGAUCAUGAUCUUAUAAAGAUUAAAAAGCACUCUGAUGGCCAAGAUUGUCUCCGCAUUCCACUUGUUCCUGAUGCGCUGCAGAAACUGCUGCAAGAAUUGGCCUGA